UUUAUGUGAUUAGCGAGACAGGUCAGCAUGCACUAAGUUUCCAUGGUUACGACUGUUUCCUGGAAACACCGGAUUUAUUCCCCACAGCGAUAAUAUUAUCAGUUCUGUUUGUAUUCUACAUGUACAGUUGAUUUUAACGAAAAUCACAAUCUGGGCUAUCAAGUUCGAUGAAUCCUGCAUCGCAAAUGAGCAUUCUGGAAAAUCGCAUCGAUUACGAAAGUCUUGAAGACGAGUUACACGAUGCCAUUAAGGCCGAUGCUUUGUACCAGCUGCAAAACGAUGCUAAAAUUCGAGCAGUAGAGCAAGGAGUCCCUACGUACGAUCAAUUUAAGGACAUGGUAAGUGCCGCGCAUUUAAAGCCCUUGGAACGUGGGGACAUGAAACCUAAGCUCGGAGUGCGUUGGAAUAGUGCCGCAUCUGGUACGAAUUCCAAUGCACGAUUUCCGUAUCCUUUUCUUCCACCAACGAUGUCAAUGUUCGAAAAAUCUCCGAACCCAUCUUCCAACAACGAGGUGAAUAACAUGAAGAUUGAAGACAUCGAGCCAAAAACGAUUGAAGAAUUUUUACGGUCGUGGAAAAAAAUAACUGACAGUAAAAGAAGAUUCCAAUACCUAAUGGUGAUAAGCCCAGACAAUUUUGUUGAAAUAUUUCGUCCAGAAAUUCCUCUGGGUCUUCUCGGUGAGAUAAUGGAUACUCUCUUGAAGAAUUUGACUGGAGAACACGAUGCUGAUACAGCUGCGAUCAAUGUGUUGACAGCACUCAGUUGUUGCAAUAGAUUUCAUUUGAGCAUUAGUUUCAUGACGGAAAAGGAAAAGGAUAUUUCUGAAGAAUUAUUUCGCCAGCUGCUCGCAGGCAGAACAACCGCAAACGUUGUGGCUAAAGAUAACGUUAUUUAUACGUUACAGAAACGGUACCAAGUUUAACUAGAUUGGUUGUGCAUUACUCAUCCGAUAAUCACUUUUACAUAAAGCAGUUUCUUCUUAGUAGCGAUUUUUAAACUUUUGUGUGUAGUCUUCGAGUUAAUAAGUGAACCAGAAAGAUUUCUGGAUGCACCGAGUACUUUGAGUUGAAUAAGUUAGUGGGUGAAAAAAAGAAGACUCAGAAGAUGCACGAGAAAGUAAGAAAGCCGUCGACUGAGAGUGAGGAUAAUCUGAAAAUAGCCAAUGCGCAAAAUGAUUUCCAGUAAAUACGGUGAUAGCUAAUUAUAAUUAUAAUUUUUUCACAUAUACAGCGUAAGAUUGAGGGUGUCGUUCUCGAUAUCGCUUUAAGAUUACCUAUUUUUAAACGAAGGCGCCGCAGAUCAUGCGCCGUACCUGGGCCACGUGAUAUUAUCAUACAGUGUUCAACAUGGCGGCCGAUAACAUACGACUAUUUUUUGAAUAUUACGACUUUUUUAGUAUUAGCUUAGUGUUGAAGUAGAUUUCUAAUGACUUUAUACUCUUAACAAGGGGUGAAUCCCACCGGAAAUUUCUGUCCCGUAUUCAGUGACAUCAUUUGAAACCUGAUUAAGGUACUGGCAGCUAGUUACAGCUGCAUGAACGGUGCAAAAUUAACCUUACAAUGUCAAAUGUGUGACAGUAACGCAUUUUCAAAAAUAAAUA